AUGGAGACCUAUGUCCACACACGCUUCUCACACCUUCCGACCAUCGUGGAGACCUUCUCCAACCUCACGGAUCCUAUCAUGCGAGCGGACAUGCUGAGAUAUAUGGUCAUGAGAGCUGACGGUGGGAUCUGGGCUGAUAUCGACGUGCUACCUCACAAGCCGAUCACGGAGUGGACUCCCCCAGAAUUCGGAGAGUCUGUAAAUAUGGUUGUUGGCAUCGAGAAUGAUCACAAUAAGCAGCCCAUCUGGCCAGGUUCGCCCUAUUCCGUACAGCUUGCGCAGUACACCAUUCUUGCAAAACCGAAUCACCCAGCUAUGGUCACGCUGGUUGACAGGGUAUCCGAAAAUAUUCGAAGCCUCAUGGCGUCCAAGGCAGGAGCGAACCCUUCCAACACAUUCGAAGAAGUCAUGACCACUACCGGACCAUUCGUCUUUACUGAUGUGAUGAUGAAAUAUUUCAAACACAUAUCGGGUGAGGAGCACACUGGCGACGAGCUCAACGGGCUUCAGGAACCAAGACAGAUCGGCGACGUUUUGGUUUUACCUAAAGACUGUUUUGGAUGGCUCCCACACGAGAAUACACACCCAAAAGAUUAUAUUUUAGUAGAACACCUUUUUAUCGGAUCAUGGCGCGGCAGCCACCCAGGUUGA